AUAAAUAAUGAUGAGGAAAGAUAUCAAAAGAUAGACAUGCAAGUCCAAAACAUGGAAGUCCAGGAAGCUGGAGAUCAACUUUCAAGCUGUUCGCAGUUGGGAGGUUUGGUCUCCAUUCAAAUGGUUCUAAGAGCUGCAAUUGAGCUAAACGUGUUCAAUAUAAUUGCAGAUGCGGGGCCCGAUGCUUAUCUUUCUGCAGCAGAGAUCACUUCAAAGAUCCCAACAACCGAUCCAAAUUCUGCAGCGUACACUUUGGAGAGAAUACUAAGAUUUCUGGGCGCAUAUUCCAUUUUAUCGAUAUCUCGAAAGCCAUUAGGAAAUAAUGGAGAAAAUGCACGCCAUGAAUGGACCUAUGGCCUGACAAAGAUGAGCCAAUGCCUAGUGAGUAGCAGUACCGGCGGAAGUACUGCUACUUCUCCGGCUUCAAUAAUGAUCCGCAUUUCCUGUGAAAGGGAAUUGCUCGAGAGUUUGCUUAGGAUUAAGGAUGCAGUUCUUGAGCCUGGAAGCGCGCCUUUCAAGAAGGCCCAUGGGGUGAACUUUUACGAGUAUCUGGAAAAGAAGCCGAUAUAUAGACAACUGUUCGAUGAGUUUAUGGAAGUUGGCGAAAAAUUAGUGUUUGAUGAUGUGUUCAAGGUGUAUGGUGGAUUUGAAGAUGUGAGAGAGUUGAUAGAUGUGGGGGCGGCAUUGGAACCACUUCUGCCAAGAUAAUCUCUUUGUAUCCACACGUUCGUGGACUCAACUUUGAUUUGCCUCAAGUGAUUGCUAAUGCUCCUGCGCUUCCAGGUGUGAAGCAUGCGGCCGGAGAUAUGUUUGAAUCAAUACCAAAUGCCCAAACAAUUUUAUUGAAGCGAAUACUCCAUAACUGGGAUGAUGAGCGAUGCAAGAGGUUGCUGAGGAAUUGCUGGGAAGCUUUACCAGCCGAUGGAAAGGUGAUAGUUGUUGAAAUGGCAAUCCCACAAGAACUAGAAAACAAUCCCGAGACAAUGAACGUUCUAAAAGAAGACUUGUACAUGAUGCUCCUAACGGCUGGAGGCAAGGAGCGAACACUCGCUGAAUUUGAUCAUCUAGCAAAGGCUGUAGGGUUUACUACAAUGAAGGUCUUCCCAAUGCCUCAUGGGUCGGUUCAUGUUAUUGAGCUUCACAAGUAAGGCUAGCUCAUGACUCGAUUCAUGGUAUAGGACG